GUCAAGUGUCAACGAAAAAAAUAAGACCAAAACCUAAUUAGGAGUAUUCAAACCCUAUUUGUUUAUUACAUACCCCACCAUUCCGAACAACAAACCCGCUCAUUCGUUCUCACGUUCGGGACCGAUUUAGCUUCAAGCUCCUCCCCUUGCUUACGGGGUAGUUGCAGGAGCUGUGUUGGUGGUGGCAGUGGUGUGUUUAGUGGUCUUCAGUGAUUGACGUGAGGCUUUGAACAUGGGUUCACGAAACAGGAGCUGGAGCAUGAGCAGUGGUAGGAGCCGAAGUAGGAGUAGGAAUCGGAGUCGGAGUAGGAGCCGGAGCCGGAGCAGGAGCCCACGAGAUCACAAGAUCCAAACUCGGCGCUAUUCCUCUCGUGAUGCACCUUAUAGGAGAGAGCCACAUCGUGGUUCAAGCCAAAACAAACUGUGCAACAACUGCAAGCGGCCUGGUCAUUUUGCAAGGGAAUGUCGGAAUGAGGCAGUUUGUAACAAUUGUGACCUUCCAGGGCACCUUGCAUCAGAGUGCACCACACAGACGCGGUGUUGGAAUUGCCGAGAGCCGGGGCAUCAGGCCAGUAGUUGUCCCAAUGAGGGUGUUUGCCAUUCAUGUGGCAAGGGUGGGCAUCGUGCCAGAGACUGCACAAAUACUGAGCCAUCAGGAAACUCGAGACUCUGCAACAAUUGCUUUAAGCCUGGGCAUAUUGCAGCUGACUGCACAAAUGAUAAAGCAUGCAAAAAUUGCAGGAAAUCUGGUCACAUUGCACGCGAAUGUCAGAAUGACCCUGUCUGCAACUUGUGUAAUAUUUCUGGGCAUCUAGCUAGGAAUUGCCCAAAGGGUGAUCUUGCACCAAGGGGUGGUGCUGGUGUGGGUAGAUAUGUUGGUUACAGAGAUGUGGUGGUCUGCAGGAACUGCAACCAGGUUGGCCACAUGAGCAGGGACUGCAUGGGAACUAUUGCUAUGGUCAUUUGUCACAACUGUGGUGGCAGGGGCCAUAUGGCAUAUGAAUGCCCAUCAGGAAGGCUGGCUGACCGUGGAUACCGCCGGUUCUAAGAUCUUUGUAUUGCUUUACAGAUUUCUGUUCUAUGCUGAUUACAAUAAUGUUUUUGUAUUGGAUUUUUGGGUUGUGGUUAGUGUGGAGCCACCAGUAUGUCAUAAAUUAGCAAAAAAUUGACAUGCAGGAUUAGCUUGAGAUCGUUUUUUGGCUUUAUAAAUCUUUGUGUGCAAGUGUUAGUUUUGUUGUGAAUAUAUUUAUUCUCAUAUGUUUUUGGUAAAGAGGAGCAUAUGAUGCUACCCACGAACCCAUAUUUGGGAGUAAUGGAAUGAACAGUUUUGGUGGUUUUUAGGGGA